AUGGCGGCGCCGGAGUGGACGGUGGCCAUGUGGCCGCCGUAUAGGGCGGCAGAGGACGAGAGGAGGUGGAGGUCGGGGAGGGGUCGGGAGAGGAGCGGGCCACGUUGGAGCUUGACGGGCGGGUCGAGGAUGGAGGAGGACGAGUUGGCCCGAGUUGGGGUCGGGGAAGGAGAUGAGGGCCCGAGAGCCCGACAUCUCGGGGGAAUUAGGGUUGAGCCCGAACCCGACCCAGCCCGAGGGGGAGAUGAAGGAGCCGAAGAAGACGAGGUCGAGGGUCGAGUUGUGAGGGUGGUAGGACCAUGCGAAGGAGGCGCCUUGGCUCGGGAGGGGCGUACACUUGUCGUAGGUUUGAGAGGAUGGGGUGGUCGGGCAAUGGGCCGGGUCGACCCUGUUCGGGUGGGUGGAUAG